AUGCCAGGGAACAGCAUUUCAUAUCACCGUCGUUUCCUCUUAAUCUAUCCUGCCCAAUUGACUACAGUCAGCUCUGGCCUUCGUCUUAUGCCGAUCGGGGCGUCGUUGGAUGGACUAAAGCUUGUUCAGACGCUGAUGGCAAACUUGAAAUUGCAUUUCCUGAAAUUCGGCAAAUGGAAAAACCUUCGUGCUACAGAAGGUUGGGCCGUAUUACAACAUCAUGCAGUUCUGCGCACGACCAUUACGCUCUACCCGCCAACUAACUCAGAGUCUGCCACACUACCGCGCCUCUUAGUCGACUUGAAACAAGGAUCUUUUUUUUCUUUGCGGCCCCAGGAUGUUGAUUUAUCUGCUUUCAUCCCCAAAUGGUUCUCCGGGAAUAUAUAUGACAUUCCACAUGCGUCUCUUCAUGUCGUUGACCUUCCCAGUCCCCCAUCACUGAAUGUCCCUACCAAAUACGAUCUAUUCAUCAGUGGCGACUAUGAGAUCAGACUGUUUGGGGACCCAUUGGUGAAGGAGUCGGAUGUUCCGGUUCAACAGAUCUAUCUCUCUCUUGGACUGCAAAAUACUGAGGAACAUCUCGUUCGACAUAGUUCUGGGGAUGUGGUAAGUGACUUUGUGGCAGGAUUUUCUUUCGGCCAAGCCAUUGGAGUGGGCGUGCAAAGCAUAGACGGCUGGUGGACAGUCAACGGCCUUGAGAUGGGGCAUCAAAUUCCGGGUUUGAGUCUCGUGGUUCAGGACGGGUUCACAAUUGCUCCUUCACAGACGAGGGUGGUCCCAGUCAUCAUCAAGCAGACUCUUCCUUUCUAUGGGGAUUCGUUGGAAUUUACAUUAUUGCUAACGUCAGACAGAGCAUCUAAAAAUCUUUCAGUGUCUAUUCCACUUGUCCACCAUGAUAUGAAAACAGUGGGUUCUAUCUCGAUAAAGGCGUCAUAUUUUUUCGCGAGCUCUAUGCCUACGGCGUUCAUCGCAAUUUCUCCCCCAUCCCGUAGCACGAUUAAAAAGGCCCCUCCAAUAAUGGCACUUCAUGGAGCGGGUGUCGAUAUACUUGGUGACGGGAGGUUCGUCAUCGACGCUUUCCCCAACAACAAAGAAGGUUGGUUGGUUGUUCCAACAGGUCGCACAUCAUGGGGGUUGGAUUGGCAUGGGCCGAGUACAGAUGAUGCAUGGGCAUCAUUGGAGGCGCUGUCUAAAAUUUCCCGGGAGGAGAUUCGUGGUCUUCCAGAAUCGUGGAUCAUUCCCUGCAACUCUAGAGUGAUUAUCGUGGGACAUUCGAACGGCGGCCAGGGGACGUGGUACGUUGCUUCAAGAUACCCUGACAGGAUUCUUGCGGCUGCGCCUGCUUCUGCUUACAUUAAGUCACAAGCAUAUGUGCCAUGGACUCUAGCUCGGCACGCGCAUUUUAUCGACCCUAUUUUGCGUUCCAUAUUAGAUUCGUCGCUUACGCCAGACGACAAUGACUUGCAUUUGUCCAACUUGGUAGACACACCGAUACUCGCUGUUCAUGGAGGAGAUGAUGAAAAUGUUCCCGUUUGGCACACUCGCGAGGCAAUCUCAACAUUAAAAUCAUGGUAUCCCUCUGCAAACAUAUCAUACAAAGAAGAUCCCAGAAAGGGUCAUUGGUAUCCCGAUGUACUCAACAACGCAGUCGUAGACGCUUUUUUGGGUCAAGUCAUGUCUUCUUCUAUCGAUCAAACACGAUCAGAAGAGUUCACAUUAACAGUAACUACUCCUCGAAGCGAUGGCUCCCUGCGCGGAUGGAAUAUAAACCAGGUCGCUGUCCCAGGAAGACUUUCUAGGUUGCGUGUUCGCAAGAUAAGCAACCGGAAGUACGAGGUCGAGCCCUCAAAUGUUUCCAUCUUUACUGUGCCUAUUCAUGACGGGCCUGUGGAGAUUCUCAUUGAUGACAUCGUGGUACAAAUCUCUGAGAAUUUUAUUGACAGGGUUUCGACGCAGGUUCGCCAGGCAACAUCUGGGAACUGGGAGAACCUGAUUGGCGCCGGUAUGGAACUAGAUUAUUUCACCAUCAAAUCCGAUGAUACUGCACCGGAAUCACGGGAGAGACCUUUGGUCAUAGUGAUCCCCAAGCGCUCUGGUCGGGACGACCUUUUGGCGGCGCUACGCUUAGCGCAUGUGCUAAACGUUUACCAUGCCCUGGAUGCUGAAAUUGUGACAGAGGAGACAGCUCUGCUCUGGAACAGAUCUGGGAAAUGGCCCAUUGGAAAUGUCGUUUUCAUUGGUCAUCCAUCAUCGACGUUCGCGCAGGAGGUGCUCAAGCCAGAGGCUGCGAAGACAGAUGCGCGUAUCGUGGACUCGCAUUUGUACUUUGGAAACAAGAAGUUUGCUAAAGCUGGCCAAGGGGCACUAUUUUUGCACCCACAUCCAAUUGCGGUGGCAGACGGCCACGGCGACAGGCAAUCGUUGAUGCUGUUUAUGCUCUACACCGAUAAAUCCGCUCUGGAGAAGUUGGUACGGCUAUUUCCCUUCAGGACAGGCGUGGGUGUACCGGAUUGGCUCGUUGUUGGCGAAAAGAUGGAUAGCUUCGGAGCAGGUGGGGUGGAAGCUGCAGGGGUAUGGAAUAACGAUUGGAAGCUCAGCGAGUCCAUGUCGUGGUUUAGACGUUAG